UUGCUCUGCCCCAUGUCGUUAUGCGCGACCUGAAGCAGCGCCUCUUUGACCUGCUGCGCUCCGGCGGCAAUAAUAACAACAAUAACAACGGCCACAACAAUGGAAGUCACAGCAAUAGCCACCAUCACACACAACACGGCCAUCAUGUGACGCCGCCCGCCCAGAAACCCAAGAAAUUGCACGAAUACACCGCCGCCGACUGCAAUGCAGCCUUCCUGCGUAAGUACCAUGAUCUUAGCAUUAGCAGGGAUCGCGAAUUGGACCGGGAGCGUGAUCGUGAGCGGGAUCGAGAGCGAGAGCGGGCGGCACCGGGCACGGGAGCUGCUCUUGGCGCCGGCCAGGUGCCCAAUGUGAUCUACUUCAACGAGAACCUCUCCAUGGCCAGCAAGUACAGUGUCCGUCCCUUUCCGCUCACCCGCUAUCCCUCCUGUCCGCUGAGCAGCUUUGGGGCUUCUCAGAACGGGGGACGCGGCAACGAGGGCAGUGCCGGCAGCAGCCUCGGAGAGGAUGACGAGGAGGAAGAGGAGGAGGCAGAGGAGACCGAGUACUUUUGCUCCGACGAGGAUCAGAGUAGUCACAAUCGAACCCUAAAGCUGCGACAUCGUCACGAUCACGAGCGUGAGAUGGACAUGGCCGCCGAGCGGGAGGAUCGGGACCAAGAUAUGGAGGACGACGACGACCCGGCCGAGUCGCAGUUGGACUCCUUUUGCACUUUAUGCACCUCCACGUUCAGCUACAACAAAUGCUGUCGCUUCUGCGAGAACUCGCUGUGCGGCUCCAAGUGCAACUCGGAGCGGGGAUCGCACGCCAGCCGGAUGAGUCGCAUCAGUCAGAUCAGCCGGAAUAUGAAUGUGGAAGCGAAUGGUUUUUCCGCCGACUCGGACUUUGAUCCGCACCAGCAACAGCAGCAGCAAUUGCACCACAGAUUCGGAGGCAGCAUGAGGAUGCUGUCCAACCAUCAUCAGCCAGCGGCCAUUAGAACCAUAAAUGAUUAUGCGCUCAGCUCGAAUCCUCACCUGAAUCACAGCAACAAUAUCAAAUCGAACAAUCUGCUUGGCAACAAGAUCUUAACGAAUAAUUCAAACAGCAACCUGAGCAGAAUGCACGCCCACCAGCUGGACUCGUACCUGGGCGGCGUGGGCGGAGUGGGAAUGAUGAACUUGGGUAAUCAGAUGGGCAACCUGGGCCAGAUGCAUCAUCCGGGGAGCGUUUCCGGCAGCGAAAGACCCAAUGGAGGAGCACUGGCUCUGCACUAUGCCGCAGCCCGAGGUUGCCUAGACUGUGUCCAACUGCUGGUGGCAGCAUCCGUGGAUAUUUGCGCCAAUACGCAAAUGGACAACGAUGUCACGCCCGUCUACCUGGCGGCGCAGGAGGGCCACUUGGAGGUGCUCAAGUUUCUGGUGCUCGAGGCCGGCGGUUCGCUCUAUGUUCGCGCACGCGACGGCAUGGCACCGAUCCAUGCCGCUUCACAAAUGGGCUGCUUGGAUUGCCUCAAAUGGAUGGUUCAAGACCAAGGCGUAGAUCCCAAUUUGCGAGAUGGCGACGGUGCCACGCCCCUGCACUUUGCUGCCUCCCGGGGCCAUCUUUCUGUAGUCCGUUGGCUCCUCAAUCACGGAGCCAAAUUGUCUCUGGAUAAAUAUGGCAAGUCGCCCAUUAAUGAUGCAGCCGAAAAUCAACAGGUUGAGUGCCUAAAUGUUCUGGUGCAACAUGGCACCUCAGUGGACUACAACGGCAAAAGCAGCUCGCAACGCCACAAGUCGCAGCAGCAACUGCAUCAGCACCACCAGCAGCAGCAUCAACAUUCGCAACAGCAACAGCACAUGAGCAGCAGCUGCAAUUCGAACUCAAACUCGUCAAAGCAGACAAGUCGCAGCAACACAAUCAAGUCCAAGUCCUCGUCCACUCUGAGCUCCGAUGUCGAACCCUUCUAUCUGCAUCCACCGGCCAUAAAUGGCGGAGCCGGAGCAGGUUCGGGAAUGGGAAUCGGUAUGGCCAUGAGCAUGGGUAUGGGCAUGGGCAUUUCUAGGAAGAACAGCGAUGCCCUGUACUCGCAGCAGUCGCGCAGCUCCUCGGAGAAGCUGUACAACGGAUCCUCUUCUCUGGGUGGCAAUCCGGGUAACAAUAGCUCCUCUGGAGGCGGUGGUGGAGGAGGAGGAGGAGCCUUGCUGCCCAACGAUGGGCUGUAUGUUAAUCCCAUGCGUAAUGGCGGCAUGUACAACACGCCCUCGCCCAAUGGCAGCAUCUCCGGGGAAUCUUUCUUCCUGCACGACCCGCAGGACAUCAUAUACAACCGGGUGCGUGAUCUAUUCGUGGACUCUGACUGCAGCAGCAGCGUAAAGCAGCACGGCAAACUGAUGCAGGCGAAGGCAGGCAACGCCAUGACUAUCCAAGCGGAUGUCCACUCCAGCUCCAGCGGUGCCGGCAGCGGCUCUGACGAAUCCGUCUCCAUCUCGUCCAGUUUCCAUUCCCCGAAGCAGCAGCAGUCCCAUGGCCACCAACAGUUGCGCAGCCAGAGCUUCCAUCGUCACGGCAGCAGCAGCAACAUUAGCAAUCUUGGCAAUGCCAAGGUCAACAAUUACAAGGCGCACAAGGGCCUGGGAAUGGAAGUCGGUAUGGGUAUCGGUGGUCCUGGCAGUCAGAACGGCGGUGGCGACCAUGACUACGAGGAUAUCUAUCUGGUUCGUGAGGAGUCACGCAAGCAGCAUCAGCACCAGCACUUGCAACAGCAACAGCAGCAGCAGUUGCAACAUUUGCAACAGCAGCAACACCAGGCCAACCAGCAGCAACAACAACAGCAGCAGCAGCAUAAAUACAAUGUGGGACGUUCGAGGUCCCGGGAUAGUGGCUCCCACUCUCGCUCCGCCAGUGCGAGUUCCACCAGAAGCACGGAUAUAGUGCUGCAGUACAGCAACCAUCACUUGAACAACAAACGCAAUAUCAACAACAACAGCACCAAUAAUAUUGCCAAUAACAACAGCAAUAAUAAUAAUAACAAUAACAACAACAACAACAGCCAGCUAAAUCGCAAUAAAUCACAUUCGAUCAUUGGCCUGCACAGCAGCAAGUAUGAAUCCUCGCUGAAGGACAACUACAGUGCAAAGAACGUGAAUCUAAAGAAUCAGCUGCUGAACGGUGGCAUCAAGAGCGAUACCUACGAGAGCGUCUGUCCACCGGAGGAUGUGGCCGAGCGAACCAAGCAAACGCACAAGAACUCCAUGAUCCGCAAUAAUCUGGCCGAGGCCUCGGCCAACAGCAACUCCAACUCGAACUCCAACUUGAGCAACAUGAACGGUGGCGGUGGCAACCAAAAUGGGAGGAUACUCAAGCGCGUCUCCUCGGCACCGCCCAUGCAGAAUGUGGCUAUUGUUAAUGGACCACCGCCACCGCCCUUGCCGCCACCGCUUCGGGCUCCCCAAAUUCAACAGCGCAAUAGUUCCACUUCCGAGCAAACGAACAAUAAUAACAAUAUCAGCAGCAGCAACAAUGGCAUCUACAAGAAGAAUGCAUUCGGACCAAAUCAGUCCCCUCCAGCCGGAGCUCCGCCCCAGGUUCCAGCUCCAAAUCCCACAUCCACUGGCAGUGAUGCCGUCGACUCGGACUCAGGGCUCGAGGUGAUCGAAGAGCCAAGCCUGCGACCCUCAGAGCUAGUGCGAGGCAAUCACAAUCGCACCAUGUCCACCAUAUCGGCGAACAAGAAAGCCAAGCUGCUCAAUGCCAGCAGCGGUGGAGGUGUCGGAGGAGGAGGAGGAGUCGGUGGCAAUAUCACCAAGGCCAAGGAGGAGGAGUCCCUAGGUGCGGGCAAUACCCGAAAUGGAAUCUAUGGCUACUCCGAGGGCGGCAAGGGUCAAAGGAGCAAUGGCAACUACCAGAGCCAGCAGCAACAGCACUACCAGUCGCAGCAGCAGCAGCAACAGCAUCACAGUCACCAGUACACGCCCAGUCUCUAUGGAGGCGGAUCCUCCGCCGAGGAUCACUACGAGCUCACCCAGCACCAGCUGCAGCAGCAGCAGCAACAGAUUUACGGCGAGUCUGGCAACGGCAUGGGAGGCAAUCCUGGCCUGGCUGGUGGACAGCGGACGGGCGGACCCAAUCUGGUCAACAAGCAGCUGGUGCUGCCGUUUGUGCCGCCCAGUUUUCCCAAUAAAUCACAAGACGGCGUCACGCACCUCAUCAAGCCGUCAGAGUAUCUCAAGAGCAUCAGCAUCGACAAGCGUUCGUGUCCAUCCUCCGCCCGCUCCACGGAUACGGAGGACUACAUGCAGAUACAGAUCGCCCAGCAGCAGCAGCAGCAGCAACAGGUGCACCUCUCCCAGCAUCCACAGUCGCACCCGCAUUCGCAUCACCAGCACCCGCACCCACAUCCCCAUCCCCAUCCACAUCCGCACCACCAGCAUGGACAUGGAAUGGGAGGUGAGCAGCCACCAUUACCGCCGCCACCUCCACCACUACCCCAUGGAAUGCUGCCACCGCAGCCACUGGUACCGCUAAUGAACUUGGCUAAUGGGGGCCAGGAUACGACCAUGUCCGGUAAGUCAUCGCACAAGCCCAAGAAGCCGCAUGGAGCGACGCCCAGCAGCCAGGACACAGCCACCCGGAAGCAGCACCAGCCACUUUCAGCUAUCUCCAUACAGGAUCUGAACAGCGUUCAGCUGCGCCGCACGGACACCCAGAAGGUACCGAAACCCUACCAGAUGCCCGCCCGCAGCCUGAGCAUGCAGUGCCUCACCUCUGGCACGGACACAUACCUCAAGUCCGACCUAAUUGCCGAGCUGAAGAUCUCCAAGGACAUACCCGGCAUCAAGAAGAUGAAGGUGGAGCAGCAGAUGGCCAGCCGAAUGGACUCGGAGCACUACAUGGAGAUCACGAAGCAGUUUACGGCCAACAACUAUGUGGAUCAGAUCUACUUGCAGAUACCCGAGAAGGACCAAGCCGGCAACGCGAUCCCCGACUGGAAGCGCCAGAUGAUGGCUAAGAAGGCGGCCGAGCGGGCCAAGAAGGACUUCGAGGAGCGGAUGGCCCAGGAGGCGGAGUCGCGUCGCCUCUCCCAGAUACCGCAGUGGAAGCGCGAUCUGCUGGCGCGGCGCGAGGAUGCGGAGAACAAGCUGAAGGCGGCCAUCUACACGCCCAAGGUGGAGGAGAACAACCGGGUGGCGGACACCUGGCGGCUCAAGAACCGCGCCAUGUCCAUCGACAACAUCAACAUCAAUCUGGCGGGCAUGGAGCAGCAUUACCAGCAGAUCCAGUACCAGCAACAGCAGCAGCAGCCCCAGCCGGUGGCCAACAAGGAGAACCAUUCCGAUCCGGAUCAGGAGCAUCAGCAGCAGCAGUCUGGUUCCGAAAUCCUAGAGGCGCCGGAGGGCCAGCGGCAGGCCGAGGAGGAGGAGGAGGAGGAUAACAUCAUCCCUUGGAGGGCACAGCUGCGCAAGACCAACAGUCGCCUCAGCCUGAUCUGAUCUGAUUGCGAAGCAUCAUCCUUUUCACGUAUUUCCUUCCAAGUGGUGCAUUUUUUUUGUUUUUUUUUUUCAUAACAUAAUAUAA